UGCACCCUUAGUGUUCUGAAGGUUGCAUCACUGGCACCUAUAGAUCUCAUGUUCCUCAGCUUCCUCAGAGUCCUCCUCAAAAACAAUAUCGAUUGCCUUUUUCCCCGAUCAGUGACUUUCCAUUCUGUCACUUGGUUGGGUGUUUACCAACGGCAAACAAAACAAGAAAAGGAAUCAUUACAGAUAACUGAAGACACUUCGAGGGGAGGUGAAGGAGCUGCAUUUCCUCACACUUCAGCUUUCACUGACCGGAGCGUCCAGUAUCAGUUUCUUUCCGACCGCGGCAGCACGCAGGUAACCUAUCAGGUUGUUCAGUUGACUAACCAGUCAUUGGUGGGUGGGGCGGUGGGCGUGGUCUCGUCUGCUUCAUUCGCUGGAGCCCAGCAGGCUGUGAUCCAGAGUCCCUUCAGUAAUGAUGGCAGUCCUGCAGCAGAGACGAUCGGAGGCGAGGCACGCUUCUCCUACAUCCCACCAGCUGCUGUAAGUGAUGCGACAGCCACUGGAGUUUCAGCCCAUCCGGCCGAACCUACACGCUCUCACACAGCAGGUCAGUUCUACGUGAUGAGCGCGCCAGACGUUCUUCAGACGGAUGUAUCACGUACCAUAGCUCCUCACUCUCACCCAUAUACAGCGAAGAUGGAAGGGCUGCGCAUGCCGAGAGACGAACGCAGAAGGGCGCAACACAACGAAGUGGAGCGACGUAGACGAGACAAGAUCAACAACUGGAUCGUGACACUGUCUAAAAUCAUCCCAGACUGCAACGUGGACAGCACUAAAACCGGAGGGAGUAAAGGAGGCAUCCUGUCCAAGGCCUGCGAUUACAUCCAGGAGCUGCGUCAGAGCAACCACAGUCUCUUUGAGAGUCUUCACGAAAUGAAGAGAGUCCAGAUGGACAACGAGAUCCUCCGACAGCAGGUGGAGGAGCUGAAGAACGAGAACGCUUUGCUCCGAGCUGAACUACAGCAGUGUCGAGCUGCCUCAGACGUCACAGACAAGCCCUCGCACUGAGCCUAAGGAGAGAAACGCCUUAGAUUUGUCUUUAGCAAAUGAAGGACUUUUUUUUUUGUAUUUUUUGUAUUUCGGAUUUUUAACUUGAUGGAUUUUCGCAUAUUAACACGGACUGAAUGAGGAACAGGACGGUGUUCCAGAGCGACGUUUUUACAAAGCGAAAAGCGCGUCAUGCUAAAUAUAGCAGAAGUGCUGUAGACUGAGCAGUAGAGCUGUAGAACCCGAACCCCUGCUUUAGUUCUUUUUAUUUUUGUCUAUUUAUUAAGCUUGACUGUGAAACCUUUUUACCUGUUAAAGCUUUUUUUUUUUUUUUUU